CAGAAAUGUUCAGCUCGAAGAGCUUUGCGGUACAAGCACAGAAGAAGCUUCUCGGCAAAAUGGCUACAAAGACAAUGGCAAACUUGCUGAUAGAUGACACCAGCAGUGAGAUCUUUGACGAACUUUUCAAAGCCACUAAGGAACAUGUCCGGAACAAGAAAGAAGCUCACAAAAUCCUAAAGGACCUUAUCAAGGUGGCUGUAAAAGUUGGUAUUUUGUACAGAAACAACCAGUUUAGCCCAGAGGAACUGGAGAUCGUGGAGAAAGUCAGAAAGAGGCUGAAUCAGACGGCUAUGACAGCCGUCAGUUUCUAUGAAGUGGAAUACACGUUUGAUAAAAAUGUUCUUUCUGGACUUCUACAUGAAUGCAAAGGUCUGCUCCAUGAAUUGGUGCAGCGCCACCUAACGCCAAAAUCCCACAGCCGCAUUAACAGAGUUUUCAAUCAUUUUGCGGAUGUGGAUUUCCUUACUGCUCUCUACAGCCCUGAUGGGAAUUGCAGGUCGUUCCUCAAAAGGAUUUGUGAGGGAAUAAAUAAACUGCUGGAUGAAAGAAUCAUUUAA